GCACACACGAGCCUGUCUGCUCCGAGGAUUAUCUAUCUGCUUUUGAAUCUGAUGUGGAAAUGCAGGCAUGAGUAGAAACACGUUUUUUAGAGUCCUAAUGCGAGUCCAGGCCAGCGAUGGACUACAGCCGUACAGACGCUAACCUGGGUUUCCCCACAGAACUGUUACCAUAAUCAAGACCAGGUCCGCAGAAUGCUGAGUCCCAUUGUUCCCUAUAGCCUAUUAAAGAUGCACUGGAACCCGGAGCAUGCCCAGCCCUUGAGCCAGUGGCCUGAGCAGCAUUUGGAUGUGUCCUCCACCACCUCAUCCCCUGCACACAAGUCUGAGCUCUACUCUAGUCGUGGUCGUGGCUCCUACAGCUACGCAUGGGCAAAUGAUGACAUCUCAGCCCUUACCGCCUCUAACCUGCUGAAGCGAUAUGCUGAGAAAUACUCAGGAAUGCUAGACUCACCUUACGAACGCCCUAGUGUGGGUGCAUACCCUGAGCCUGGAGCCUUCGGAGGCCUCAACGGAGGCCAGAAAAGUGAACUGGAACCAUGGCCUCUUACGCACAGCACUGAUGGGGCAUAUUCCUUGGUGCCUCCUUCCUCUCAUGAAAGUCUAUCAGGGCCAAAAGUGGUUCCCACAUCAGCAGGCCCACCAGGCUCGGGCAAUGUAUCAGCAGUUAACAGCAACCUUUCAGACUCGGGCUACAGUGGUAGCAGCUCCUGCAGUGGGCCCCAUUCCAGUGAAUACCCCCCCAGUUACAAUGGCACCUAUCUCUCUUCAGGGUACUGUCCCCAACCCAGUUCAGCACUUCCACCAGCCUCGUUACAUGCCCUUCAACCGAACCCUACACUUCUUCCCAGUUACACAACUACUGCCCCUGUGUACAACUACCCACCUAGCACCUACCCCCACCAGACUGGCCUUGCUCCUAGCUACACCCACCCAACAGCCCCCUACAUCCCCUCUCCACUUCCCUCAAGACCCACAGUGGUUGGUGGCAGCUAUGGCUAUCAGAACAGCAGUGUAGGAGGCUCAGAGCCUGGGGGCUCCCUGAAGAGAAAAGCAUUUGAGAUGACUCUGGAUGAGGAAGACAGUGACAGUUCACGCUAUAGGAAAUAUAGCUAUGACCCCAUGAAAACUGGGGGAGAUUCUCCAUAUGGGGUCACUGAUAAAGCUGGAAAUGGCUUUGGAACAGGUAGCACUGAUCCUCAAGGCUUUAAACCUAGUAAACCUUCAUCUCAGUCAAGCCUGGAAGGAGAUGAGGUGGGAAAGUACAGUGGGCUAAAGCCCCUGGUUUCACCAACAUACGGAGCCGCAGGGGACUACAGCCCCCCAGCAGCUAUGACAGGAGAGAAUGGAGGUGCGGAGCAGGGUUUCUCACAGAAUCGUUCUCAGAAGCGCUCUGAUCCCAUGAAAAGCAUAGAGCCCAGAAUGCUGGAGCUAGUUAGCCGGGAACUGCAGGACUGCAGUCCAGCUAUGCUUUGGACUGAACUGGCUGGGAACUGUCACAUUAAAGCAGCAUUAGAAGAGGACCUGCUGUGGCCUGUCCUGCGACCCAACCCUGCAAUCCACCCACCAAAAACCAUCCUGCUAUUUGGCCCUCAAGGAGGGGGCAAAACCACACUAGCACGAUCCUUGUCAUCUCAAAUAGGUGCCUCCUUCUAUAGGCUGAGUUGUGCAACAUUGGCCUCUAAAUUGAAGGGAGAAGCAGAGCAGCUCUUGCUCACCCUGUUCUCAGUUGCAACUGCCAGACAACCCGCAAUGGUGUUGCUUAGUGAGGUGGAAGCCAUUGAGGAGGAAGGUCUCAGACAGCAACUGCAAGCUCAGCUGGAGAAGAUACAACAUAAUCAGAGCAACCAGUUUCUGGUGGUGUGCACCACAAGACGGCCUGAUUUGAUCAAAGAUUCCCUUCUGCGCUGUUUUUCCAAGCGUUAUCACAUAGGCCUGCCAGAUGGGAACACACGCAGACACGUGCUUCUGCAGGCGCUGGCGCCCCAGGGCUGCAGUCUCAGCGAAAGGGAGUUGUCAGCAGUACUGCAGCGUUCAGAAGGCUUCUCUGUCUGGGAGCUGCUGCAGCUUUGCCAGCAGGCUCUGGCAUCAGCUUCGGCCUCUGCAUCAGUGCCCUUGCACAGCCUCCCUGCAUCCCUUUCUUCCCCUACUCUCCAAGACUUUGAAAAUGCUUUCUGUAAGGUACGCCCUCACAGCACCCCAAAAGAACUGGACACUUGUAUGGAGUGGAGCAAGGUUUACAGCCACUGAAACCUAGUCAGCCACUGGUUGGGGACUGCUUAAUGCUUUCUUUCUUUUUUUUUAUUGCUUGUUGCAGCCAAAAGAGUGGGACUUGUUGUGAAAUUACAGUUUAUGGUGGAGAGGCAUUUUGGAUUGAAUGCAUUUAAUCUUGGGAACAUGCCAUGGUGUGUGUUUUUUUUUAAAUAAAUAUACAUAUACUUUAUUUUUUCCCAAAGAAAUGAAAUAUUAGGCCUUUCUUGAAGGGGCAUUUAUUAGUUGCUUGGCUUAUCUGAUAGAAAGUCUGAAUUAUAUUUUGGAAUUUCACUGGAAUUCCAAUUAGCCUUGAUCCUGGACUAAACCUGGAGGUUAUAGAUAACUUGAUUUUUCUUCAAAAAUACCCCCAUUAUUUGCAACUCUCAGGAUCCUAUUUAUUCCCAGUCCACUCCAAUGGCGUUGUAUCUUUUGCGCUGAAUUAUUUUAAAGAUCAUUUGGUGUUAAAGGGCUUAGGAUAUAUCAAAACUUUGUUGUUACCAAAAAAAUCCCACCAACAUCAUUGUAUCCAAGUCACAGCAUUCACCAAAAGGUAUUUACUGUUAUGCAACCUCUAAGGAAAGAAAGCAACAGUAUUUUUUACAAAACUGAUUGUUAGGCCACGGUCAUAUCUUGUGCACUUUGUCAAAGCGAUCAUUUUACCAAAAGAGUAUGCAUUGCUACCCAAAAAGUAUUAAAAUGCUAAUCCACAAUGUCAGAUAACAGAAAGAGACAAGCUUUUACUGUUGGUAUACUGCUUUCUGAACACCUUGUGAAAGGUAAGAUUUUCCAAAUAUAACAUGUAAACAACCCAUCACAUUCCUCACAAUCUCGUGAGAGCCUUUGCUCAGGACCCUCGGACACAAAAAACAAGGGUCCAUGAAUGACUAUUUUCUCUCUUCUGCUUUACUCAGUUUAUUUUAUUACUAGUAUAUGUAGUCUUGUUUGAAAUACUCAGGAAGAAUUUCUUUACCUCAGAAAUGAUAACUAAAGAAUGUAUGUAAUCUUAGGGUCUUAGUAGUAAGUAUUGAGGUUGGAGGUAAGCAACAGACCUAACACAGACCUGUAUACACACUGCAUCUGUGCUGUUACCUCUUAGGUGAAACUUGAAAAUGCUACAAAGACAAACAAUGAAUGUAAUUCAGGUAUUUCAGAGAAUAUCUGAUGCCAUAAAUCCAUGUUUUUAACUCUCUAUGAAAACAUUUUCCCUUAUCUUUACCCUUUAUUUUUGAUGUAGAUUUUGAUGGAGUGAUGAUUGUCUUCAUGAAGUGUUAUUGUAGACUGCAAAAGAGAUGUUUGAUUUUGUUGGACAAACUGUUUUUUUUUGGAAAACCAUGGUUCAGAGUAUGUCAUUGCGUCUCUUCAGUGUAUUCUAGGAACAAAACCUAAACAACCCAAACAUCAGAAUCAGAUUGCUUUACGAAAUAUUGGCAGCUAAUCAUGUCUAAUCAUAAAUUGUGGCAAACCAUCAUGUGUAAAUGUGUUAAUCAAAAACACUCAUCAUGUAGACAAUCCAAAUGGAGCGGCCUCUACCAAUGUUUCAAAUAUCCUGUUUGUCUGUAAGGUAGAGUUAUUUAUAUUGUCUGUAGAUUGGAUUGCUGAAUUUUGAUCAGUUUUGACGUAUACCCUGCCCACCCUAUUCUCUUAGCACAAUGAUUUUCCCCCAUGGUUGCUGGCUCUGUACAGCCAUGUGGUGAGCUGAUUUUCCCAUCCCCCGUUCUUCUACCUUACCACAGCCUUUUGGAGAAGCCAUAUUCUGAUUGAUGUCCAGUAACCCUAUAGCACUGUUCGGUUCUUCAAGUACAGCUGGUGGCUUCACUCAUGCCACACAGGUCAAUCAGAAUGACCCCUGGAGCACAUAUUGAUCAGAGCUGAAGUGGCAGAAAUCUGUAGAACCUGGCAGAGUCAGGGAAAUAUAGAGCGCACAAAUACAUCAUAUUGAGUAAGAAAAUUCAGCACUAGUUCAAAAUCCUAGAAACUAAAUACUCGUUUCGACCUAGCAGUGAUCCUGUAACUAGUGCUCAUCACAAGUGGUUAUAAUAAUAAAGUUAAUAAUAAUAAUAUUAAGAAUUCCUUACAUUUGUAUAGCGCUUUUCUGGACACUAAAAGCGCUUUACAACUAUUUUGGGGGGAAUCUCCUCAUCCACCACCAGUGUGCCGCAUCCACCUGGAUGAAGCAACAGCAGCCAUAUUGCGGCAAACCACACACAUCUGAUUGGUGGAGAGGAUAGAGAGAUAAAGCCAAUUAUGAUAUUGGGAUGGUAAGGAGGCCAUGAUGGACAAAGGCUAGUGGGCAAAUUUGAUCAGAAUGCUGGGGUUAAACCCCUUCUCUUUUUCGAAAGACGUCCUGGGAUUUUAAACAACCACAGAGAGUUGGGACCUCGGGGUUAACGUCGCAUCUGAGCAGAAUAGAGUCCCCAUCAAUAUACUGGGGCGUUAGGACCCACACAGAAUAGUUGUUGAGCGCCCCCUGCUGGUAUCGCUAACACCAUUUCCAGCAGCAACCUAGCUUUCCCAUGUGGUCUCCCAUCCAGAAACUGAUCUGGGAUGGUUAGGGGUUACCUGCUUAGCUUCAGUGGGCGACCAUGUGAGAGUUGCUGAAAGUUAUAGCUACUUAUUACUGUUUUCAUCAAGUAUUAACAUGAAAAUAAAAAGAAUGUAGUAGGCAUCUAUGAUUUUGAUCGUAAUCUAUGUGCUUUUGGUAAAAUGAAAUUACAGUAUGAAAACCCAUAAUGAUCAUGUUAGGUCUGCAGAUGAAGAGUAGGGGGUCUUUUGUCGCUAUUUGAACACAUUUGACCACAUGAGUGUUUACACUGUGAAAGCAAUUCAGUCAAAAGUAGACAAGCUCAAACAUUUAGGUCCCCAUUUGCACCUGUAUUCAGUGCCCUGCACUUGUGAUCAGCUUAAGCUUCUUAAUAUUAGAAUACUAAACGCUAAGAUGCAAUGAUUUUAUUCAGAAAUUCUAGAAGAACAAAAAUGCAUGGCUGAUUUCAAAACAAACCAUAGAGGGCAGUUGAACAGUUUGUCCAACAAAAUUGUCAUUAAUUAGCUGUUUUGAAUCUAUUAGUACAGAAACUUUGUUCUUGGAUCUUGUUCUUGUACAUUUUCUGUAACCAUUUCUACCUCAUUUUUGCAGCAUAUUGUACAUGAAAAUAUUUAUUUCAUGUCUUUUUUGAUGUCUGUUUUAAAAAAUGAUAAUGUUCUUGAACUGUAAUGGUCUACCUCAGAAAAGACUGUAUUUUAAGAAAAAAGUAUUAAACAAUAUUAAAGAGAAUAUGUCACAAAUCA